AUGGCUUCAGCUCCAAGGCCAAGACCUACAAAUUUCACACUCUCAGAGCAAUGGGUCCUAAUGGCAGCUACAAUAUUCGUCUGUGGAUUCUUGGGUUAUGUAGUUUAUGAUGCAGUAAUGGCCACAGCUUCCGAGAUGCUACAAAGGUUACUGGUCAUUUCUCCUUUGAUUCUGAUCAUUUCAGUACACUGGCUCUCUUCAGGCAGCCAGUUUAGCAUUCCUAUUCCAGGGUCUGAGCCUGGUGCGAUCCAUAGAGCUGGAGGCUCGCCUUGGGGUGUAGCUUUUGUGUUGCUGCUUCUUUUCUUUCUCAUAUCUUAUCAACCUUCCUUGCUCGGCCUUGUCUUCUAG